AUGAUUGACGUGAGGAUCUGACGUAAAAGGAGGCGGGGCGAUGUCAAUCAAGUUAUGUUGUUGUAGGUGAUUGCAAAGUGCUGAGGACAACGUAAGCAAGAUCCAUCUCGUUGAGGUUGUGUGUAUCCAUGCAUGUUUGAAGAGGUUUGAACUCAGGAUGGAUGUGGAGGAGACUGGAACAGGUCAGAUGGAGGCAGCGGCCCCAGAGGAAGGGGUACCAGCUCCCAAACGCGGGAGAGGACGACCUCGCAAACAACCACAGGAGCCUGUGGAAACCUCUGCUCCCAGGAGGCCGAGAGGAAGGCCGAGAGGCAGUAAAAAUAAAGGCCAGCGGGUCACAGCCAAAGUAGAGCGACCUAGAGAACGGAGACCUCGAGGUAGACCAAGAAAAUGGCCUCAGAAGGCCGUUCAUCAGGAAGAACAGCAGCCUCAUCCUGUGGUUCAAGAGGCGAAGUCAACAGAGGAGCUGUUUCCAUCGCAGGAGAGUGACUAAAACUACCUCAGCGUUGACUUUGCCACUACAUCAGGGGUAAUUCUCCAUCUCAACACUGUAAAAGUGAAUAUGUGUCAGUGCUCAAAUUGUGCCCACAGUUGAGGGCUCGCUUUGUGCCCUAGGCAAGAUCAGACUACAUUUGUCAAUAGCGACCCUAAAAUCUGUAUACUUCCAUGUCAUUUUGUUGAACACCUGUCUUCAAGUUACACAGCCUUUUUCUCUUAUUUGGAAAUCCCGACAUCCUCAGGUCAUCCAGGAUCUAGAUGAGUUUGUUUCUUCAUCAGAACAGUCCAGACAGCUGAUAGAAUCAUCACAGUAAUCCACACCACUCCAGUUCAUCAGUCAACAUCUUGCCAAGUGAAAAGUUGCAUGUUUGUAAGAAACAAAUCCAUCAAGAUGUCACUUCUGGCAAAAAAGAUGAGUCCAUAAUCUACAAUAAUGCUUCCUCCAGUGAAAAAGUUCAUCUCCUGUUUGUUUCUUGCAUCAAAAUACAACAACUUUAGAUCUGUUUCGGACGGCACCCAUUCACUGCAGAGGAUCCAUUGGUGAGCAAGUGAAGCAAUGUUAAAUUUCUCCAAAUCUGUUCUGAUGAAGAAACAAACUCAUCUACAUCUUGGAUCUCUUGAAGGUGUUUAAACGUUUAGCUAAUUUUAAUUUUUGGGUAAACUAUUGAAGUCAACUUCGAAAUCAAAAAACUUAAAACACUUUUAUUGUGCAUAAUUUGAUGGCCAGACUUGUUUGGCUCAAUACAUUUAUUUCAAGUUCCAGAUGUUGGGAUCAAAAAGAAAUCCAAAGAUGAUAACAUUUAGAAACUGUAAUAUGGAUCACCGUGUAUAGACGAUGCCUGGGUUAUAUGAGGUUUAUUUAAUCUUCUCAGGAUUCUGGAAACAUUAUAUUGCCAGAGCCUGUAAUUUACAACUUAAUCAAAUGUUGCAACUUUUUAAAUGAUUUAUUUUAAUGUAUAAUGUUCUUUUUCUUGCAUUAUUUUAAUGUUUACAAUGGAAAGAAUAGAUUCAAAUGCAUCUAUUUACACCAAAUGAGAAUAAUGACUUUAUUAAUGAUGUAAAACCGCAAUCAUAACUCACAACAUGAUGAUAGUGAAAUUCAGUACCUCAAUGAUUUUGUUUGUUCGUUCUAGACUAUGGAUGAUUUGUCGUUUGUUUUUAAAAGCAUGUAUUGUCAAUGGUCAGGCUCGGGAACAGGAUAACAUUUUGGAGCUAUAUUUUCGUGGUUAGUAUAUAGAUAUUUUUGAAUCAUCCGAUUUAAUUUUUACUGCUAUGAAUUGUGUCAUUGCGCUGAUAUGCGGGUGGUGU